AAGCGUCGUUCAGACAGCAUGGAGCGAGGUUAGGGACCUCCACCCGUUCUCUCAGCUGACCAGGACCCCGCUAUUUCACUGUGGGUGUCCUUAUCAGCUCCACUGAGCUACCGGAAAUAGAUUUUUGGCAUUGGUGAUGUCCGGCAUUAGCAAUGAGUCCCAGAUGUUGAUAGCAGGUAGGACCUAGGGGCUGACUGUGCGUCAUAGACUGGCAGCGGCCUCCCCCUCCCCUCCAAAUCGUAUCACUUUAAUGACAGGUGUCCCUACUCUGAAAGGGGUUUCCUGCACAAUAGCAGAAGAUAUGUCAGAUUUGAUGCGUCUCUUGCUCCGCAGCUGGGCCCAUGGCUAUACAUUAUAUACCUCCUGCCCAGUCAGCCAUGAAGGAAUUAAAUGGUGGUGAUGCAUUGCCACUUAACUUUUUUGGGGCCACACACUAUACAGAUAGAUGCUUAUUGUCCCUUCUACUCGCUGGGAUAAGAGCAACCAGUCUAGCUAGGGUUAAGUGGCACACAGCACUGCCAAUUCUAUCCUUAGAGGCCAGACAGACAUCUAUAUAGUCCAGGGGAGGAGAGCAGUGAUACUAUGAAAUAUCACUUAACUCCAUGGGACGGGCGCUUUGGGUAUAAUGACCUGAACUGACAGCUGGAUCAUCAGACUUGCGGUCAGUUGGGGACAUGUGACCAUAAUAUAGAGGAUCUGCCCCGACAAGUAUUCACCUCAUAAUCCGAGAGCAAGAAGAUAAAUCAUGUGCAGGAAUAUCCCCUCAAAUGUCUCCAUAUAACAUCCUGGAAUUGUAUAGAAUUAAAUGUUUAUUCACAAGACAGGUUCCUAUAAGGUGUCAGGACGUGGCGGUCUAUUUCUCCAUGGAGGAGUGGGAGUAUGUAGAAGGACACAAGGAUCAGUACAAGGAUCAAGUCAUGAUGGAGGAUCAGCAGCCCCUCACAUUACCAGUCAGAUCCAGUAAGAGAACAGCACCAGAGAGGUGUCCCCGUCCUCUUGAUGAGCAGAAUAUGGAGGAUAAUACUACAGGGAAAGAUCUGGCCUAUAUUAAUGCUACAGACAUAAAGAAAGAAGAAGAGACAGAUGUUAGCAGUGAUGAUCAGUAUAAGGAGGACAUUCCUACAGAGAAAGAUCUCAUCUAUAAUAAUGCUACAGACAUAAAGGAAGAAGAGACAGAUGUGAGCAGUGAUGAGCAGCACAAGGAGGAUAUUCCUACAGAGAAAGAUCUCAUCUAUAAUAAUGCUACAGACAUAAAGGAAGAAGAAGAGACAGAUGUGAGCAGUGAUGAGCAGUAUAAGGAGGACAUUCCUACAGAGAAAGAUCUGAUCUAUAAUAAUGCUACAGACAUAAAGGAAGAAGAAGAGACAGAUGUGAUCAGUGAUGAGCAGUUUAAGGAGGACAUUUCUACAGGUAACCACCCAGAUUCUUGUACCAGGAGAUCAGAGGAGAAUCUUAUAUCUUCAGAUUAUAAAGCAGAUGAUGAUAUCACACAAGAUACAUAUGAAGAACAUUCCAUUAUCCCAGAUACACCCUCAGCCCUUCACAGCCAAGAUCUGUCAUCUCAUCCUUAUAUACAGGUCCUGUCUUCUCAGUCAUCACAGAUUGCUACACAAAAAAAAGAGAAGCCAUUUUCAUGCUCAGAAUGUGGGAAAUGUUUUACUCAGAAAUCAGACCUUGUUAAACAUCAAAGAACUCACACAGGGGAGAAACCCUUUUCAUGUGCUGAAUGUGGGAAAUGUUUUACUUAUCAUUCAAGUCUUGCUAAACAUAAAAGAUCUCACACAGGGGAGAAACCAUUUUCAUGUUCUAAAUGUGGGAAAUGUUUUACUUUUAAAUCAGGUCUUGUUGCACAUCAAAGAACUCACACAGGAGAGAAGCCAUUUUCAUGUUCAGAAUGUGGGAAAUGUUUUACUCUUAAAUCAGACCUUGUUGUACAUCAAAGAACUCACACAGGGGAGAAGCCAUUUUCAUGUUCAGAAUGUGGGAAAUGUUUUGCUCAGAAAUCAGAUCUUAUUAAACAUCAAAGAACUCAUACAGGGGAGAAGCCAUUUUCAUGUUCAGAAUGUGGGAAAUGUUUUACUUUUAAAUCAGGUCUUGUUGUACAUCAAAGAACUCACACAGGAGAGAAGCCAUUUUCAUGUUCAGAAUGUGGGAAAUGUUUUACUUUUAAAUCAAGUCUUGUUAAACAUAAAAGAACUCACACUGGGGAGAAGCCAUUUUCAUGUGCAGAAUGUGGGAAAUGUUUUACUGAUAAAUCAAGUCUUGUUAAACAUAAAAGAACUCACACUGGGGAGAAGCCAUUUUCAUGUUCUAAAUGUGGGAAAGGUUUUGCUCAGAAAUCAGAUCUUAUUAACCAUCAAAGAACUCACACAGGGGAGAAGCCAUUUUUAUGUGCAGAAUGUGGAAAAUGUUUUACUGAUAAAUCAAAUCUUGUUAAACAUAAAAGAACUCACACAGGGGAGAUGUCAAUUCAGAGCAGUAAAUGAUGCAGAUAACACAUCUAUAUAUUCACCAUGUACAUAGGAUAUCUGACAUUUAUACUAUAUCAUAUACUGCA